AUGGAUGCUACGGAGCAGACUCCAUUAGCUGGUUCGUUGGAUGCCGAGUCCAGAAUCGUGCUCAUAAUGGAUCGCGAAUUCAGAACAUUACAAGCACAUCGGCUGAUGCUCUUUAUGGGUAUUCUUGACUGCAUUCAGCUAAUUUGCCAUCUAUUUAGUGGUUUUGUUACUAUAUGGAAAACUGCGGCCUUUACUAUGCCACAUUUAUCACGGAUAAUUGGUGCCGCAAUGAAUUCAGCAUGGAUUGGUCUGUUUCCUGCAUCGCUAUUGAUAGCUAUUCAAAGGUUUCUCAUUAUCAGAAACAUAGUGAAACCCAACGAGAAGUUUCCUCUCGCCAUGAAAGUAAGCUUAUAA